AUGGGAAUUAAAGGAUUAACGAAAUUCAUCGCGGACACUGCUCCAAAUGCGAUUAAAGAGAUAAAAAUAGAAAACUUAAUGGGAAGAGUAGUAGCAAUUGACGCAUCCAUGUCUUUGUAUCAAUUUAUAAUAGCAAUUAGAGAUGGAGAUCAAUAUGGGAAUUUAAUGAACGAAUCAGGUGAAACAACUUCACACAUAUCUGGUUUAAUGUCAAGAACUAUAAAAUUAAUGGAAAAUGGAUUAAAGCCAAUUUAUGUUUUUGAUGGAGCUCCACCCGAAUUAAAGGGUUCAGAAUUAGAAAAGAGAGGAGAGAAAAGGCAAAAAGCAGAAGAAUUAUUAUUGAAAGCAAAAGAAGAAGGAAAUUUAGAAGAAAUAAAAAAACAAAGUGGAAGAACAGUAAGAGUAACAAAAAAACAAAAUGAAGAAGCAAAAAGAUUAUUAACAUUAAUGGGAAUACCGGUUAUUGAAAGUCCAUGUGAAGCUGAAGCACAAUGUGCAUUUUUAACAAAAUAUGAUAUGGCUCAUGCAACUGCUACUGAAGAUGCAGAUGCAUUAGUUUUUGGAACAAAAAUAUUAAUAAGAAACUUAAAUGCUAAUGCGUCGUCAAAUAAAAAUAAAAAUAAAAAUUCUAGCAAAAGAGGAUAUAUAUUAACCGAAAUAAACUUAGAACAAGUAUUAAAAGGAUUAAAAUUAACAAUGGAUGAAUUUAUAGAUUUUUGUAUCCUUUGUGGAUGUGAUUAUUGUGAUACUAUAAAAGGUAUAGGGUCUAAAACUGCUUAUAAUUUAAUAAAAGAAUAUAACUGUAUUGAGAAUAUUAUUAAAAAUAUUGACCAAAAUAAAUACCAAGUACCCGCUAAUUUUAAAUAUGUAGAAGCUAGGCAAUCAUUUAUUAAUCCAAAAGUUUUAGAAAAAAGUGAAGUAAAAAUUGAUUGGUGUGAACCCAAAAUCGAAGAAUUAAAGACCUUUUUAAUUAAAGAACAUAAUUUUAAUGAAGUUAGAGUAACAAACUAUAUUACCAGAUUAUUAAAAGCUCGAAAGGUAACAACACAGAGACGUCUUGACACCUUUUUCACUACUUGCACAAAAAAAAGCACAAAAUUAAUUAUAGAAGAAAGCCAAAAAGAACUAUUAAAAGCUAAAGGUAAAGGGAAAAAGAGAGAAAUGAAUGACAACUCUACUAAGCUUAAUGCAAAAAAGAAGAAACCCGACAUAAAGGACGAGAAGAAAAAUACCGAAAAAAUGAAUGAGCUGAAAAACAAAUCCAAUGAAAAUUUAGUAAAAGAUGAAAAUGAUCAGGAUAAUUAUAAUCAAAAUCUUUUUGACGAAAAAUCGAACUCAGAAUCAGGUAAUAUAAAAGAUGAAAACAUAAAAGAAGAUAUUUCUUCUAAUGAUAUAACAAUGGAUAUUCCAAAAUGCACUAAUGAUAUAGUAUGUUAA